AUGCAGCCUUAUCUUGCCUUUACCAGUCCUGGCAGCGCUUUUGGGCCACUGUUGGCUUCUUCGGCAGUUGGCCGACCAGCACAAUAUUUACUACUCGGCUCAGUAAACCCAUGCAUCUUUGGGUAUCACACAAGGCGCAGUUUACGAGUUUAUCGAAUUACAUCAGGAAAGAAGACAUCACUGAUGCUGAUGCUGCAUAUCCUGUCCGCCUCCUUCGAACUACUAAGAUAUUAUGCACAAGCUGUCAGCGGAGACGUCUUCCCUGAUGUCUUUGACAUAGUUGGUUGCUUUGUUCACUCUGCUACGACUCUUGGCCUGGCUAAACAAUUACUCCGAGGCGAUCAGACGACGCGAGCUUCAUACCAAGCUCCUGCAUUGAUGCGACCCUUCGUCGCAUUGGUUGCACUGCUCAAUCAGAGUGCAUUUGUCCAUCGAGCGUCCGUCAAGCUCUUACAUGCCUUUCUUUACACUCGGCUUAUCAUUUUCCUUGGCAAGAGGUUCAAGAUGAAUAAGUUACACUCGUUCGCCACGAUUUACGCACAUGGAGUAUUUCUUGGAGCUGUUAUCGCCAUCCAUGAUUCGGGUCUUCCAGCCGGAGUCCCGGUGUAUAUCGGAAUGGUCGGCGCGGUGAUGGUUCUCAACCGAUACGUUGCGGACUCUUGCAUGGAACUAGCGACAGGCAAAACCUCACUUUUGGGAGGCUACAGAGUAUUGUUACGCAUUCUCGUGUGGAUUGGACUGGCAGACCUUGACAUCAUCAAGAAGCAGGGCCACAUUAAUAAGGAAGCUCUACUAGAAAAGGAUCAAUACACUGAUGAAUGA